AAGAUCCGCGAGACCAAGGCAUGUGCACCCUCGACAUCACGUUCGAGCAGAACGUCCAGCCAUCUGGCACGAAAUCCCUCGUGCCCCACCAGAAGCAGUCACAGACCCACACGGCGAACGCCGUCUGCUUUACGCUAGUGAGCGCGGACACCUGGCACAGGAGGCUUGGACAUCUCAAUGCUCGGAGCCUGGACAUCCUUCGGAAGGACACGGGUACCGGGGUGGACUAUCGCGACAGUCUCUCCCCUUGCGGGGUCUGCCAGAUCGCGAAACACAAGCAGUCCCCCCACCCGAAGCAAUCGACUCGCGAACUAUCACGGCCUGGACAGCUUGUGGUCAUCGACAACAUGGGGCCUGUUAAUCCACCUGCGAAAUAUAAAGGAGGCUCCUUCCCGUACGCGUGCAAGAUCACCGACGACUACACGAAGAUGAAAGAAGUGUACCUGCUUCGCAAGAAAUCUGACACGACCGAGGCGGUGCACACGUACAACAUGUGCGUCGCAGCGGCAGGAGGCUACCGGAUCGAGACCAUCGGCUGCGACAUGGGAGGCGAGAACACCGGAUCCGAAUUUCGGGACUACUGCAAGAAUUC